UAUUUACUUUUCGUUUAUUGUACACUACGGCUUAUCAGUUGUCAUGAGAGAAGCUGAAGAUGCCACAGACAAUGUAUCCCCAUGGACAAAUUUAUCAAAUGAUUUAAACUAUCAGUCACUUGAUAGUAGAAUGUCCUCACCGAAUGCUGGUAAAGAACGUGUUAUAUUUGUCAAUCGAUCAAACCAAACAAAAUUUUGCAAUAAUUCAAUUAGUACUGGAAAGUAUUCGACUGUUACAUUUAUCCCCAAAUUCCUCUUUGAACAGUUCCGGAAAUAUGCCAAUAUUUUCUUUCUAAUUGUCGCUCUUUUCCAACAAAUUCCAGGCGUGUCCCCGACUGGUCGUUUUACAACUGUAGUUCCUCUCACUUUCAUCCUUUGUGUCUCCGCUAUCAAAGAAAUUAUUGAGGAUUAUGCACGACAUAAAGCUGACAAGGCCACAAAUAACUCAAAGACUCAUGGUAUGCUUAUCAUUAAUGGAUUUUUAUUAAUUUAUGACAAUGUAGUGUUACGAAAUGGUAGUUGGGAAACAAUACUUUGGAAGGAUGUACAAGUUGGAGAUAUUGUGAAGUUGACAAGCAAUUCUCGCAUCCCUGCUGAUCUGGUAAUAUUGGCAACAGGCGAACCCAUGUCUAUGUGCUACAUUGAAACGUCCAACCUGGAUGGUGAAACUACGCUUAAGCUUCGACAAGGUUUAACAAUUACAUCUGGACUAAUUACUGCCGAAUUACUGCGUAAAGCCCAUAUUCGAAUUGAAUGUGAACAGCCGACCCGAACUCUUGAUGAGUUUGUGGGAACGCUGUAUGAUGAGAAGAAUACAGGUUAUCCAUUGGAUAGCAAUCAAGUAUUACUUCGCGGCGCUACGGUGAAAAACACCAAUUGGGUUUUCGGUGCUGUUGUUUAUACUGGAAGGGAGUCGAAAGUCAUGCUCAAUUCAACUGCUGCACCUUUGAAACGCUCUUCAGUGGAUAAACAGACUAACUACUAUAUCCUGGUACUGUUCGGUCUGCUGGCCUUUCUCACAGUUUUUAUGGUCUUUGCAAAUAUAAUUUGGACGAAAGCCACUGGAGAAAAAAUGUGGUACCUCGGUGGAGUUGAAUUGACCUGGAUGAGUGCGUUUUACAUGUGCAUCACUGCUUUCAUAAUCUUCCAUACCAUAAUUCCAAUCAGUCUCCAAGUCACCCUUGAAGUCGUCCGAUUUGUUCAGGCGCUUUUCAUUAAUUGGGACUUGGACAUGUACGAUGCAAAGACGGACACACCAGCAAUGGCGCGAACUUCAAAUCUCAACGAGGACCUGGGCCAAGUUAAGUACAUCUUCUCUGAUAAGACUGGAACUCUUACUAAGAAUGUCAUGGAAUUUAAGAUGUGUUCGAUUGGACGAGAGGCCUAUGGACUUGAGGAUCAAGAGGCGACGGCCAUUCAAGACUGGCGACUACUCACCAAAUUGGCUGAGGGUGACCGUGAUGUGGACUGGUUUUUCACCAUCCUCGCUGUCUGUCAUACUGUCAUACCCGAAUACGUAGACGUGGACAUUGAUCGCGAUGAUAUCCGCUACCAAGCUACCUCACCAGGUUAUUUGAAAUUCAUUACCAUAAUGUUUGUCUUCGAUACUGCCAUUGAAUUCUUUCUCGAAUUGGAUGAACGAGCCUUAGUGAUGGCUGCAAAAUCUCUGGGUUACGUAUUCUGUGAACGAGAACCCGAUUCUGUCACUAUUCGUGUGAAAGGCGAAAAGCACCAAUUCAAACUUUUGAAUGUCAUUGAGUUCACCAGUGACAGGAAACGAAUGAGUGUAAUUGUGGAGGAUGAAGAAGGCAAACUCUUCCUCAUGGUCAAAGGCGCAUGGUUAUAUGAUACAGCAAUCUAUGAAAGAUUAGGACAAGAUGCGCAUUUCAAAGAAGAAACAUUAAAUCAUAUGGAUGAAUUUGCGAAAAUAGGUCUUCGAACCCUUUGCAUAGCCUUCCGUCGUUUGGAUCGUGCUUAUUAUGAGAGUUGGGCUAAAAAGUACUAUGAACGCAGUAUUGCUGUCACCAAUCGUGCUGAGCUUGUGAAUGAAGUUUGUGAAGAAAUUGAACAGAACCUUGAACUUGUUGGAGCAACUGCAAUCGAGGAUAAAUUGCAGGAUGAUGUCCCCCAAACAAUCGCCAAUAUGCUCUCUGCAGGGAUCUUAGUUUGGGUACUCACAGGGGACAAACAGGAAACUGCUGUCAACAUUGGUUUGUCCUGUCGAUUGAUAAGUCCGAAUCAGACUCAAUUGGUGAUCAAUGCCAGUGAUAUGGAUGGAGUUCGUAAUCAACUUUACGAGUGCAUUAAUGCACAGAGAGGGGAGGGUGACGAAGAUCGAGAAAUUGCUCUCAUCGUUACGGGCAAGUAUCAGUUAACUUGGUCUUUAGUCCUUACUGUUGGCUAUUUGAUUAAGACAGGCCUUGGAAAUGCUUCUUACGGCGGAGUGUCAGAGGGAAUUCUUCGAUUUGGCGCACUCUUGUUCUUCGGUUGUGUGCUGUCGUCGUUAACUUCAAGUGGAUUCGUGCUUUCGCGCUUUAAUCGAAAUUCGUGCAUUUGUUUCAGAGUGAGUCCAUGGCAAAAGGCUGAGGUGGUUCGUUUGGUUCGGACUUUUACAAAUGAUAUCACUCUCGCAAUUGGCGACGGAGCCAACGAUGUUGGAAUGAUUCAGGCAGCCCACAUCGGCAUCGGUAUCUAUGGCGUGGAGGGUCGACAGGCAGCCUGUUCUUCCGAUUACGCCAUCGCACAAUUCAGAUUCCUCAACAAACUCCUUCUUGUUCACGGCGCGUGGUCUUUUAAUCGCAUAACCAAGGUUAUUCUCUACUCAUUCUACAAGAAUGUCUGCCUCUAUGUCAUUCAAUUCUGGUUCGGUAUGAUCUCUGGUUUCUCAGGACAAAUUAUCUUCGAUCGAUGGAUUGCUGCUAAAAGAACGCUUCGACGAACGUACUCACAAACAAUGCGUGAAAGGGUGAUGAUUUAUGAACAAGACGGUAAAGAACCUCAAAUAGCUCAGGCUAUGCAGGAUUUCAGUUUUCGGCCCUUUGCGCCCGUUCCUAGGGAAGAAGACCGUAAGUCACCUCGUUCGGUUUUGUAUUGUCGCCUCAUUGUUCGAUCUAUUCGUGGUGCUUGA